AUGACGGUCGACAUUGAAGGCGUGCCGACCGCGAACGCGUCGACUGCGCCAUCGCGGCCACGGCACGAGGGCCGCUCCCCGAGCCUCGAGAGCAUCGCGUCCAACAAGGCGGGCAACAUCGGCAGCACCAGCAGCCACGAUGAAGGCAGCGUCCUCAUUGGCCGCGAGAACCUCUCGUCGGCGCUGCCGCCCGACGACGCCUACGAGGGCCGCCACCGGUGGGACCCGGAUGCCAAGUGGACCGAGGCCGAGGAGCGCCGCGUGGUGCGCAAGACGGACCUGGUGCUCCUCUCGUGGCUCUGCGUCAUGUUCUUUGGCCUGCAGCUCGACCGCGGCAACCUCAGCAACGCCACCGCCGACGGCAUCCUCGCCGACCUCGGCCUGACCACCGACGACUACAACAACGGCACCACAAUCCAGCUCGUCGCCUUCCUCGCCGCCGAGUUCCCCGUGCAGCUCCUCACCAAGCGCUACGGAUUCCGCCGCGUCCUGCCGACCCUCAUGAGCCUUUGGGGCAUCGUCAGCCUGUUCCAGGCCUUUAUGACCAACCGGACCGGCUUCUACGUCACCCGCGCCCUCAUCGGCGCCGCAGAGGGCGGGUUCAUCCCCUCGACGAUCCUCUUCGCCAGCUACUUUUACAAGUCGCGCGAGCUCUCGGUGCGCCUGGCGUGGUUCUGGUCGACGCUCAAUGUCGCGCGCGUCAUCUCGGCGCUGCUGGCGGCGGGCAUCCUCGAGAUGCGCGGCAUCGCCGGCCGUCCCGGCUGGUUCUGGCUUUUUGCGCUCGAGGGCCUGCUGACGGUGGUGCUGGCCAUCGUCUCGUUCCUCUACCUGCCCGCCUCGCCCACCGACACGCGCAGCCCGCUCUUCCGCCGACCGUGGUACACGGAGCGCGAGGAGACGAUCAUGGUCAACCGCAUCCUGCGCGACGACCCGGCAAAGGGGCGCACGCUGCUCAAGGAGCCCGCCACCUGGGCCGACGUCAAGGCCACCUGGUGCGACCCGUCGCUGUGGGGCCUCUUCUUCAUCGGCCUCGUGGCCUACAUCCCCGCCUCGCCCGUCCAGGCCUACCUCACCCUGACGCUCAAGCGCCUGGGCUUCAGCCGCUUCGACUCCAACAUGCUCACCAUCCCCUCGGCGGUGCUCCAGAUCGUCACGAUGCUGGCGCUGGCGUGGAGCAGCGACCGCACCAACGAGCGCACCUUCCACUGCGUCUUUGGCGAGCUGUGGAUCCUGCCCCUGCUCGCCGCGCUCCUCGGCCUGCCCGACGGCGGCCGCGAGUGGUCGCGCUUCGCCCUCGUCACGCUCGUCUCGGGAUACCCCUACUUCCACCCCAUCGUCUCGUCCUGGAUCUCGGAGAACACGUUCGACGUCAAGAAGCGCGCCAUCGCCGCCGCCACCUACAACGUCAUCGUCCAGGUUGGCUCGCUGAUCAGCUCCCAGAUCUACCGCAGCUACGACGGACCCUACUACAAGCAGGGCAACACGGUGCUCAUCUCCAUCUGCGCCCUGAGCCUGGUCGCCUUCGUCGUACAGCGCCAGUGGCUCGUCUACCUCAACUCGCAAAAGGAGCGCGCAUGGCGGGAGCUGUCGCCCGAGGAGCGCGAGGCCUACCAGAACGACGUGCCCGCCCGGCAGGCCGACGGCAACCGGCGACUCGACUUUCGCUUUGCCUACUGA